GUGACCUCUGACCUGAGGGCGGAGGUGGCGGCGGCAGCAGCAGCCUUCGGUCCGUGCGUCGUGACUCGGCUGCGCCACUGUGCAGACUCGAAUCAAACAGCUGCGCGUAAUCAAUCCGUGCCAGCUGCGCCUCGGGGGCGCGUAAAAGCUGCGGGUUGGUUCAUUUCUGAGGGAGGACGUCUCCAGCGGAAGCUGGAAUCUUGUGAAGCUGCAGGAGGAGUUUGUGCAGCGAGUGGAGGAGCCAGUGGCGAUGCGUUCUUAGAAUGACGAACGCGCAGAGGAGAGAAAUGUCCGCGGGACUCGCGGCCAACCUGGCGGCCUCGCUCGUCGGCCUCAUCACCGCGCUCACCAACUUCGUCACCGAUCUGUUUCUGACGCCGCCGCUGAGGGCCACGCUCAAACACCUGGAGGAGGCAGAGCUCAAAGCCCUGGAGGGAGAAGUGAAGACCCUGAGAGCCGGGUCUCUGUGGGAGGCGUCCGGAGCCGUGGUCGUGGCCGUGCGUCGGCCUGGAUGAUUUCUGUGCAGAGAGGAGGCUGCAGAGCUGUCCUCUCUGAAGCCCCAGCUGGACGAGCUCGGGGUCCCGCUGUACGCGGUGGUGAAGGAGGACGUCGGCACCGAGGUCCAGAACUUCCGGCCGUACUUCAAGGGGGAGAUCUUCUUGGAUGAAAAGAAGCGCUUUUACGGACCCCGCGAGCGAAGGAUGGGUAUCCUGGCGUUCCUCCGUCUGGGGGUGUGGCUGAACGGCCUGAGGGCCUUUAAAAACGGCUUCAUGGGAAACGUUCUGGGGGAGGGCUUUGUCCUCGGUGGGGUCUUCGUCAUUGGACGAGGACAGCAGGGAAUUCUGCUGGAGCACAGAGAGAUUGAGUUCGGGGAUAAAGUCAACAUCAUAGAUGUCAUCAAAGCUGCCAGAAGAAUCCCACAGGAGCUUCUGCCAAUAGAGAGGAAAUAAUGCUUUUGUAUUGUGGAUUCGUAGAUGUUAUAAUCCAACAUCUUCCGGAGCACAAAGCUUAAUAACCACAAAUGAAAGCCAUAUAAAUAUCAUAUGAUUGUUGUGAAGGCUGUUGUACUGUCUCAGGGAAACCCGGGGUGCCUUCUGGGUCACGACUGUGUAAGAGGUUUCCGAGUGUGUUAAUGACGGUCUGUCUUUAAACUCGACAAGAGGAAGCAGACCCGAUGUCUAAACGCUCGGUUUCCUUCGUCGCUCUGUGAUACCGUUGUGACCUCGGCAGCCCCAGAGACUGUGACCUGCCACGAAUAAAACGUGCCCUGCA